AGAAAACUACAAUAGAUGUAGCAGAGCAGCUGAUCAAACUAAAAGUUUGUUUAGAAAAAUAUAUAUUAGUCAAUAAAAAUCGAAACUUAGGGGAGCAAUGGCGUAUCCGAGCAUGGGAGAAGCCCAUAGAAGAAUCACAGAUUACCUAAACAAGUUCUCCGACGCCGUUUCAGACCAAGAUGUAGCUUCCCUUGCUCAGCUCUUUUCCUUCUCCUCCAACUCUCCCUCUCUCCUUUCCCUCGCUGAUGCCCUCAACUUCUUCCAGGAUGCUAAUAGAUUGAUAAAGCAAUCAGAUAAGUUUUCACAGUUUGGUGAGAUUUUGGCCCCACUUUUUCGUUCUCUGCAAAGCUAUAGACUUGGAAACUUGGUUGAUGCCUACCAUGCCUUCGAAAAAUUUGCAAAUGCUUUUAUUCAAGAGUUUCGGAAUUGGGAAUCAUCGUGGGCAUUGCAGGCAUUGUAUGUUAUUGCUUAUGAAAUUCGGGUUCUUGCAGAGAGGGCUGAUAGAGAGUUGGCUUCUAAUGGAAAGUCCCCAGAGAAAUUGAAGGGAGCUGGCUCAUUCCUUAUGAAAGUAUUUGGUGUUCUCGCUGGAAAAGGCCCAAAACGUGUCGGAGCAUUAUAUGUGACUUGCCAGCUGUUUAAAAUCUACUUCAAGCUUGGUACAGUUCACCUCUGCCGAAGUGUCAUAAGGAGUAUUGAAACUGCUCGUAUUUUUGAUUUUGAGGAAUUUCCUAGAAGAGACAAGGUCACUUACAUGUAUUAUACUGGGCGUUUGGAAGUUUUCAAUGAAAAUUUUCCUGCUGCUGACCACAAGUUAUCAUAUGCCUUGACACAUUGCAACCCUCUCAGAGAAGCAAAUAUAAGGAUGAUAUUAAAAUACUUGAUCCCAGUGAAGCUUUCAUUAGGCAUCUUACCUAACGCUUGGCUCCUAGAGAAGUAUAACCUCCUUGAGUACAGCAAUGUUGUACAAGCUCUAAAAAGGGGUGAUCUCCGACUUCUUCGACAUGCUCUCCAAGAACAUGAAGACCGGUUCUUGAGAUCUGGCGUAUAUCUUGUUCUAGAGAAGCUAGAGCUCCAAGUUUACCAAAGAUUGGUGAAGAAAAUUUACAUCAUCCAAAAGCAAAAGGACCCUAGCAAAGCUCACCAGUUGAAGUUGGAAGUAAUUGUCAAAGCAUUGAAAUGGCUUGAGAUGGACAUGGAUUUGGAUGAGGUUGAGUGCAUAAUGACCAUUCUUAUAUACAAAAAUCUUGUGAAAGGGUACUUUGCUCACAAGAGCAAAGUAGUUGUUUUAAGCAAGCAAGAUCCAUUCCCCAAAUUAAAUGGAAAGCCUGUAAACUCAUAGAGAACUCUCUGAAAUGGUAACAUACAAUUUUGUUGAACUUUUGACUUUUGAUGAUGAUAGGCAGGCAAAUUUAAUGUAAAGAAUAUAUAGAGUUACACUGGUCAAGCCUGAUUUUCCUGGAGUUUAUGUUGGAUUAACCAAAUGGAGUUCUAUGUAAUUUCAGUGCCUACGGAUUCUUUUCGAUCUGCCUAAGUCAUCAAUAAAGAGCUUCGUUUUCCUAUCU